AUGCAUCGUACGCCGGGCGGGAGGACCCGCGGCGGCGGUGGCGGCGGGUUUGUCUUGGUUCCCCAGAUUGACGCCCCGACAGAUUUUGAUGGUGAAGAGCAAGAACAAACAGGACGACAACCGCUACGAAGACGGACUCAAAAAGAUUUUCGCAGCCAAGUCCAACAAGUUCUUCGACAGAGCGUGGUGCAAUAUAAUCUAGGUUUUCAGACGAGUGUCCAGGGCUCGCCUGCUUUCUCGGAUACUACACUCAUUGGUGAUUAUUUGGACGUACCUACACACGAUCAUGAGGAAGUGGAUAUCGGAGACUAUCUGGAAUAUCAUGGCCAUUAUGGCCCCGAAAUUAGUCAAUUCAACCGGACACCAAGUUUGAAGGCCGGUCUUGGGAUUGAAGUCGGUUCCCAGCCUGUUGCUUCUGGCUUGUCUCCUAAUGGACUACACGUUGACGAUCGUUGGGACCACAUCAGCUAUCACGGCUCAGAAGGGAAAAUUCAGGAGCAAUACCCAACCGAACCUCAAAACUAUAAACCCCGUGUCUUGAGGAGGCCAUUCUUAGUUGCUAUAUUUUCAGUUCUAGUAAUUCUUCUGGCUUUAGCUGCAUUGGCCAUUCAACUUCUUCCACAUGCAUCCGGUGCCAUCCCGCCCCCUGAAUCAAACUCUACCGAAAUCCGUCGGCGGUCCGCUGUUUUCGGCCAAUUCUAUCCAUCCGAUUUUCUAAUUCCCUUUAAACGUCAGAACGGCACUAACCCUGAUGGAAACCCCCCGCCUGAUGCAGGAACAACUCCGUCGACGUCGGCUGAAGUCACGACAACAACGACACCUUCAAGCUCAGCAACCCAGACUCAUACGAAGCCAUCAACAACAAUAACAACAUCCGUAAAAAGUGAAACGUCGCAAUCUAGUACGACUAGUACAGAAAUACCUACGCCACCGAUCACAAUUCCGAAUCUGCCGCCUGAGCCAGCACCCACUGCUUCUACUUCAUCACUGGUCCCGGAUAUUCCGCUGCCUCCCCCAUCAUCCACUACAACCUCAAUAUCGUCACCGUCAUCAUCACCUCUUCCGCCUCCAACUAGUACUAGGUCUCAAGUCGGAGAACCACACCCACACCCAAGCCCGCCGUCUUCAAGCCCAACUUUUGAGCCACCCCCACCACCCCCACCACCCACACCCGCCAGCAGUACUUCAAAAAAUCACCCCUUACCUCCAUCCUCUUCAGCACCUUCUACACCAUCUUCUACGCCGUCCUCUACACUGUCUCCAGCAACGACCUUCCCAGGGAAACAGGAAUCUAAUACAGCGACAAUCACAGUGACGUCCACUAGUGAAGCGACAACCUCGGAAGCUGGAGAUCCAUCGCCUACAUCCACCCUCCCAGACCAACCUACAAAACCGGACCCUCCAAAGCCCAACCCUUCAUCCUCAGAAUCGACCAGUUACGAGUCUACCCCAACAUCCCCUACGUCCACUGGGAAGACACAAACUCCCCUUCCGCCAGCCUCCCCUACUCGAAGCAAGCCAGAUACCCCCUCCACAUCACAUCAGAGUCCUCCAUCCUCAACCUCAACUAAAUCGCUUUCAAGUAGUUCGACUUUCGUAGACAUUCCUACUGUUAUUGACGCACCAACCAGUGUGAUAGCAAGCCCACCUCAUACCGCCUCAACUGAUCAUGAGUCAUCUACCGAUCUAACUCCUUCAGUGACUAGCACCUUGGAAAAGAGUAAGGCUCAUACAGUACAAUCCCUAUCGUCCAGUUCCCCCGCCAUAGAAACCAAGUCAGCGGAACUGCCCCCCAUCACAACAACCAUAGUAACUUCAGCCAGCUUGAGCAAUGGAUUGUUCUCACAGACUUCCUUUGUCAGCAUUAUCCGCCCAAUCAAAGGCGGUUAUUUCUUGGAGACGGAAGAUAGUACCCGUUUUGAUUCACUAGGGCACGCGAUCUCGACAGAGAAAGUACUCAAGCAAUUGUCUGUAGGACUCACCACUUACACCGAUGCAAAUGGGAAGCCUACCAGCACAGGAGCAAUCAUCUACAAUAUCCCACUUUCACAGACGACUUUAACAGAUUACCAAGGAAGGGCAACGAAGACUCUAGAUUAUUAUGUCAGUCAAACUACGGAAGUUUUACGCGAUGAGAACGGCAUUCCGACUACGACCAGGACGUCAGCUGUCACAGAAGGCGUGCACCUUACCACCCUUUAUGAUAGUAACAAUGUAGCGACUCUCACGAAAACUGAAUUUGUUCCGCUGUCUACGACGACCACGGUUCUCUUACCGAGCUCGACAGCCUCGCCAAACGAGCAAGGCAGCAAAGCUUUACACGUGGUUUCCAUGUCCGAUGGGAAGUACUUUCUAGGGCUCAUGCUUCCGACUCUUAUCGCCAUUGCCGUUUCCGUCCCUAUCCGCUUAAUUGACCAAAACGCAAGGCUCUACCAGCCAUUUCACGCCCUCGCAACCUCUUCCGAGUCAAAGGCCCGCGAUAGCCUGUGUUUUCAAACUAGCGAUCCGUGGAACCUCCAGGCCCGCGCUCGGUUGCUACUGAAUGGCGAUAUUCUCCUCACGCUAACUGGUCUUCUGUUAUUGGGAAGCAUUAUCAUGGUUCCCUUGAGUUCGGAGGCCGUCCGGGUUACUUUAAGCGGCCCGGACUGUUCACCGACGGCGCUGGUUUCUUCGACCUGCAACAUGGCUCUCGGUGUUUACCCAAUACCCGCAUACAUCACCAUUGGACUCCUCGCAUUCAUGACGAUAUUGGCUGGAGUAGUCGUGUUUGUGCUACGAAAGUGGAAGACAGGCCUAGAUUGGAACCCAUGGAGCAUGUUCCACAUGGGCCACCUUGCAGCCAAUCACGAAGUCCGCACACUGCUACUGCGGCGUUUACGCGAGAAGAAGGGCCGUAUCACCAGCAAGGAGGCGACGAAGGUUUUCACGGGUGUCCCUUUUGUCCUAGACUACUGGAAGGAUAACGAAGAUCUUAAGUAUAGCAUUCUCAUCCCGAACGAGGCGCAUUCGUUGAAGAGGGAGGGGAAAUCAGGGCUUGCUCGAAAGGGGAAUGUGAGACGGCGGCGAAGGAAGGGAAACGCGAUUCCAUUCUUCAUCUUGACGUGGACGGGGAGACUGCUUUUCGUAGCACUGUUAUGUGCUCUGCAGGUUGGUUUGCUGAUAUACAAUAUUACGGGGGAGGACCAGGAGUAUACAGAGUUCAUCAAUGGGAGGUGGCGCAUCGUGCGAUUUGUUUUCACUGGCGUUAGCGUUCUGGUCUCGCUUGCCUGGUACUCGUUCUUCUAUGCGGUCGCGUUUCUAAGCCCUCACAAAUCACUCUUCCGCAUCCGCCUCUACAACGGCGAGGCCGCUUACACAACACCCCCCACCAACCCCUUCAGCGGCCUUUGGUACUCGCUUGCCCCCGGAAGCCGCGACAUCUAUCUCGGGCUCGUCUCCAUCACCGCCAUCCUCUCCGAGAUACUCCCACUAGUCCUCAGCACGGCGCUAGACCAGUCCUCGGAGGACGUCUGGGCGCACACGGUGUGUUUCUGGAUGGCGGUGGCGAUCUUGAGUAUCAUGAUAUUCACGGUCGCGGGCUUGGCGUUCGUCACUUGCCCGCAUAUGCCGGUGGAUCCGAGCACGGUUGCGGGGGGGAUGUAUUAUGCGCUGACGAACUAUGUGUCGAUGAGUCCGUCGUCGGGGCUGCUUUUGGGGAAGGCGAGUCCGAAUCUUGUUUGA